AUGUUAAGAAAAUUCUUUCAAUGGUCGCGAAAUUUAAAUUCCAUAUCAAUUGUAUUGAUAAUAUCAUUUUUUAUAUCUGUUCCGAUACUAAUAUAUAGUUCAAACCCGGACUUUAUUAUCCCUGGAUUAUUGAAUUCAUACCAAGAUACAGAUACGCAUCGUGAUUCUGUCUUUAAUCGAGAUUCUGGUUGUAACAAUAUUGAUCAGUAUUUGAAACAAGAAAAUUAUAAAAAACAGAAUGCUACCAUUUUGAUUUUGACUAAAAAUGAUGAAUUAAAUCAAGUGAUUGCAUCUAUAGACAGUAUAGAAACUCAUUUUAACCAGUGGUUUCAUUAUCCCUAUGUUUUUUUAAACAAUGUUCCAUUUGAUAAUGAUUUCAAAGAAAUUAUUCAAAGGCAUACUGAUUCGGUUGUGGAAUUUGGGGUAUUAAAGCCAGAGGAAUGGGAAUUUCCAGAAUCUAUGAGGCAUAGUAAUAUUACUGAUAAUAUUGAUAGCAAAUACUCGAUCCUUGAUGAUACUAUAAAAUUGCAAGGAGACUAUGGCAUACUCUAUGGUGAUAUUAAAACAUAUCAUCAAAUGUGUCGAUUUUAUUCAGGUAAAUUUUAUAAAAAUAAACUAGUUGCAAAAUACGAUUGGUACUGGAGAUUAGAGCCUGAUGUUGAAUUCUUCUGUGAUAUUACAUACGAUCCAUUUUGGGAAAUGGCAAUUAGAAAGAAACUUUACGGCUUCACCAUUAUGAUACCCGAGUUGUAUAAGACUAUUCCAAAUUUGUUUAGAAUAACGAUGAGUUAUAUCCGUGAGAAUAAUAUCCAAUUAGGUACACUCUGGAAUGUAUUCACUACCGAUUAUCAUAUAGUCAACAAUGAUAUAGAUGAUCUAAACGAUAAUCUGUAUUACGAAGUAAAUUCUGAUACAGCUUAUUUAGAUAAAUUUAUCAAUGAGGAAUAUAAUGCCAAACGAAUAGUCAAAGAUAAAUUAUUAAUUGAUCGUUUUCUUAGAGAGGGCUAUGGUGAUACGAAUGAUGAUUUUGGCGACAAUCUUGAAGGUUUAGUGAAAUUGAUUAAAAGAGCACAAGUGAAAACACCUUUAAUUAUUGAUAAAUUUGAUAAUUUAGAAUAUAAUCUUUGUCAUUUUUGGUCUAACUUUGAAAUCGCGCAUAUGUCAAUAUAUAAAGAUCCAAUAUAUGAUGAAUACUUUAAUUACCUUGAGAGUCAUGAUGGAUUCUGGAAGGAAAGGUGGGGAGAUGCACCUGUGCACUCGCUAGGGUUAAGUUUAAUGUUGGACGUUGAACAGGUGCAUUAUUUCCGUGAUAUUGGCUAUCGUCAUGACACACUGUAUCAUUGUCCAAAAAAUAACAAACAUCAUCUAAAUGUACCUUAUAGUUCAGAGAAAUAUAUAAGAAAAAAACAAAAAUACGACGAUCCGUAUGAAUAUGGAGUUGGAUGUAGAUGUAAAUGUCCAGCUAAUAAAAACAAUGAAGUAGAGGACUACUAUCCCUUUUGCAUAAAUAAUUGGUUCGAUAUGACUCAUAAGAACAAUGUUAAGAGAGAGCCUAUUUUCAAUUUAACAAAGUUGAAGAAAGACAUGCUAAGAGAGCUUGAACUUGAUAUACUAACAACAAUAUGA